GGGAACCGGAGGCUGGCUGGCGAGGGAAAGACAAAAGAAGGAGAGAGGGAGCGCGUACGAGGCGGCGGGCUCCAGGCGAAGGGGGGACCGCAGCAAAUGGCCACGGAGGAGACGGCGGGGGGAGCCAGGAAAGCCACCAAGAGCAAACUGUUUGAGUUCCUGGUCCAUGGAGUGCGUCCCGGCAUGCCGUCUGGGGCGAGGAUGCCCCACCAGGGCGCUCCCAUGGGCCCCCCCGGCCCACCGUACGGAGGAAACCCGGCGGUGCGUCCCGGCCUGCCCUCCCCGGUGAUGGAGGCCAGCCGCAAGAGGCCCGCCCCUUCCCAGCAGGUCCAGCAGCAGCAGCAGCAACAGCAGGCCGUCCAGAGCCGGGCCAGAAAGAAGCCGCUGGGAUUCCCGGGAGCCAACGAGAUGCCGGCGAGACCGAUGGACAUGAGAGAGCCCCAAUCAGAUCCCACGCUCGGAUCCAACGCAAAGAGGAGGAAAAUGGCAGACAAGAUUCUUCCGCAAAGGAUCCGUGAGCUGGUCCCCGAGUCUCAGGCCUACAUGGACCUGCUGGCCUUCGAGCGCAAGCUGGACCAGACCAUCAUGCGUAAGCGGGUGGACAUCCAGGAGGCGCUCAAGAGGCCCAUGAAGCAGCAGAAGCGUAAACUGAGGCUGUAUAUCUCCAACACCUUCAACCCGGCGCGGCCCGACGCCGACGACUCGGACGGCAGCAUCGCGUCGUGGGAGCUGCGUGUGGAGGGAAAGCUGCUGGACGACCCCGGCAAGCAGAAGAAGAAGUUCUCGUCGUUUUUCAAGAGUCUGGUGAUCGAACUGGACAAAGACCUCUACGGACCCGACAACCACCUGGUGGAGUGGCACCGCACGGCCACCACCCAGGAGACGGACGGCUUCCAGGUGAAGCGUCCGGGAGACGUGAGCGUGCGCUGUACGCUGCUGCUGAUGCUGGACUACCAGCCCCCCCAGUUCAAGCUGGACCCCCGUUUGGCGCGCCUGCUGGGCAUCCACACGCAGACGCGCUCGUGCAUCAUCCAGGCGCUGUGGCAGUACGUCAAGACCAACAAGCUGCAGGACUCCCACGACAAAGAGUACAUCAACUGUGACAAGUACUUCCAGCAGAUCUUCGACUGCCCGCGGCUGAAGUUCUCCGAGAUCCCCCAGCGCCUCACCAACCUCCUGCUGCCCCCCGACCCCAUCGUCAUCAACCACGUCAUCAGCGUGGACCCCAACGACCAGAAGAAGACGGCGUGCUACGACAUCGACGUGGAGGUGGAGGACCCCCUGAAGAGCCAGAUGAGCAGCUUCCUGCUGUCCACCGCCAACCAGCAGGAAAUCGCCACGCUGGACAACAAGAUCCACGAGACCAUCGAGUCCAUCAACCAGCUGAAGAUCCAGAGGGACUUCAUGCUGAGUUUCUCGCGGGAUCCCAAAGGCUACAUCCAGGACUGGCUCAAGUCCCAGAGCAGAGACCUCAAGCUGAUGACGGACGUGGUGGGGAACCCCGAGGAGGAGCGCCGGGCGGCCUUCUACCACGAGCCCUGGUCCCAGGAGGCCGUCAGCCGCUACUUCUACUGUAAGAUCCAGCAGAGGAGACAGGAGCUGGAGCAAGCCUUGACGGUCCGCAACACCUAAACAAAGAUCCCCCCCCCCCCCCUCCUGCAGUCAGUCACGUGUGUGUCUUUAUGUGUGUAUCUUCAUGUGUGUGUCCGCAUUCUUGGAGUCGAAAGCGAAGACCUCCGCCAAGGUCAGAACGUUAGGUACACCAGCACUGAAUCAUGCUGAGUCGCUAAUAUUUUGUCCCAAUGUCAUGUAGCUAAAUAACCAAAAUAUUAGAAACACCUCUCAGUGUGACGCCAUCUUAUUGUGCGUAAUCUUUGUAAAGGUACCUAAUGGAGUGGAAUAAUUUCACACGCACACACAAAAUGCGGAAAUUGUCUCGCCCUCCCAAAAAAACGAAACAAAAACAAACAAUUCCUGGAACUCUGUCAAGUCGUUUUCGCUAAAAGUGAAGUGUCCUUGGCGGAGGUAAAAUGAAGCCGCGAGACCACAAUGAGGUUUUUGUACGUUCUUCGACACAAGUUCAAACUCAUCACAUGAAGAAUUCAGUUCAUCAAAAGGGAAUAGAACACAACAAGUGAGCUUUUUUUUUUGCGUAUUUGAAAUAUAAGGGUACAAUAUAUGCCUGUGUGUGCGUGUUACGUAUUAAUCACACCAGCAAAGUUACUGGUUGCAGCUAUCACACACACACACACACACACUUUUUUUUAGUUCUUCCGAAAUCAAUCAUCACACUUCCGAAGUGUCACGUUUAAGUAUUGUCGUCGCAAACAUGAAGUCACCCGUCAGUGUUAUGCAAAUCAGUUGAAGUAUGGAUCGUCGUCGACCAAUCACGAGGUGGCGAGCGCGCCCGCCGGCUGCCGUUGCGCCACCGUGGUGUUACCAAAGUCAUCGCAUCGCUCACGCAGAAAUGGACAAACACAAGCUGGAUCCCCCCCCCAAUGAGAAUUGAUGAAAUGUGAACAUGCCAACAGUCGCGAUGCUAACAUGUAGCAAGAUGGCAACCUGAGUAUUGUGUGUGUGAAUUUUGGAUUAUCAAGAGAUGUGAAUGUAAAUACGUUUAUCGUUUGUCGUCAUCACGUCUGACGGUUCUUUGAAACGUAAAAUGGUGGGACGCCAGACGCUCCAGACGUCUCCACCUUUUUCCAUGAACUCACCUUUCACCUUUUGUGUGUUUUUUUUUUUUUUUUUUAAAGAACGAAGACACUUGACUUGUAUGUAAAUGUGGUUGUGUCCCACGGAGGUUUGGUGUUUGAAUGCGGCAGACGUUUUCCUUUUUUUGCACUGUGCUGUAAAUUGUCCUCCUCCUCUUCAUUGUCAUCACGGGCGACACAUACGUCACACACACUCUUCUUCACCUUGGCCUAUGCAUGCUCCGUGGAUCAAACACUAGCUGUAAAUAUUUAGAUACAAUACACGCAUACAGUAUGUACGGUUUGCUUGCUUGGUCAACAUGUACCAAGGAGUACUGUAGGGCCACGCCAAAAAGAAAAUUAUAGUAUGAGAAUAAAGUCGUGUUUUGUUUAGGUUUUUUUAUUUUAAAAAAAAAAAAAAAAAAAGUUGUUUUUCUGGGGAAAAAAAACGCGUAAUAUGACAGGAAUAAAUUUGGAAUUCUUUCGAGACUAAAAUCAUACCCACCCACCCCACCCAAACAAAAUCUUUAUUUACGAGAACAAAGUCGUAUCUUAGAAAAAGGCGAAAUACGAAAAAAAAGUUUAAAUUAUUUUGGAAAUAAAAUUGUCUUUUCUAGAAUAAAGUGCAAAGUUUCAAAAAAUGAAGUUGUGCUUUUUAAAGAAAACGUGAUAAUCUUCAGUUAGAUUGUUUUACAAAUAAUAUUGGAUGAUUAAUUAUUUCAACAACAAAAAAAUGCAUAAUAUUUCAGGAAUGAAGUUAUAUUUUUCAAGAAAACAAAGUGGUUAUUUAUGACAAUAUAGUGGUACUUUUUCAAGAAAGAGUUGCAAUCUUACAGGAAUAAAGUUGCAUUUUUCUGAGAGUAAAUUCACGUUUUUCUGAAGGGGAAAAGGUAAAGAAGUAGAUUUUUUUCAAAUAAUGUACUUUUUCAAGAACGGAGUCGUAAUCUUACACAAAAUAAUGAUCAAGGUGUGUGUUUUUUUCUAGAAAAAAAAAAAAGCAAGGCAAGAUUAAAGCCCAAGAAUUUCUAUAAAAAAGGCCAAAUCCCGCAACAAUUAAACUGUACGUUUCAAGAAAAGAAAUUUGAAUCUUAUGGUAAUAAAGUUAGUUGCAUUUUCUGAAAAUAAAGUUGCGUUAUUUUCACAAAAAAAAGGUAUAAUGUUAUGAGACUGCAGGCAGAUUUUUUUUUCUAGAAAAAAAACCGAAUUUUAUGAGUGACGCACUUUAAAAAAAAGUAAUUUUGUGGGGGAAAAAUAUUGCAUUUUCUGAGAAUAAAGUUUUCCUUUAUUCAAGAACAAAAGGCAUAAUAUUACAAGAAUAAUCAGUCGUUCAAUAAAUAAAUAAAAAGCCUAUAAUAUUACGAGAAUAAAGUUGUAUUUUUUUUCAAGAAUUAAGUUUUUUCUCAGGAAGUAUAAACUUAGUAUUAUGAGAAAGCAGUUGAUUUUUUCCCCCAGGAAAAUCUUGUGUUAAGUCAUAUAUAUAUACUGUAUAUCUUUUUUUUUUUUACAUAUCUUGAAAAAUUCAACUUCAUUCCUAUGGGAUUAAGUGUACAUCUUUAUGAAUUACGAUUGCAACUUUGUAUAUUCUAAAAUACACUUACUUAUAAUUUUUUUCUUGAAAAUGUACAACUUCUCACAACCUUACAACCUUUCUUCUAAAAAAAGGACUUUACACUGGUGCUAUAAUUUCUUUUCAGUGUGGCCCUCACUCUUUGUAAAAAAAAAAUAAUAAUAAUAAUAAUAAUUUUAAUAAUUUUAAAAUGCCUUCUGUAAUUUUUUUGCCAAAAAACAAUCCAAGCUGAUAACCUGAGCUACCAGCAAAGCAGUCUAACUGUGUUUUCUUACUUAGGACAAGUUAGAGGAGAAGCAUUAAUAAUUAACCAUUCGUCGUCUUACAGCUGCUGACUCAUUAGCGCCCUCUUGUGGUGUCGGGAAGACUCGCACCGUCUCUUCACGAAAUGUUCUCAAACGCGUCCGCUCGCUUCCUUUGCAUGUUUUUCUUUUUUCUAAGCGAGGCUGCUCCUCACUUGUGUUGAACACAAAAAAACAAAAAUAGAUGAUUUUGAGACUAAAAAAAAAAAAAAAAAAGAAAAAAAAAAGGAGCAAAAGGGACAACAGCUGUGACCUUGUGUGACGGACUGGAUGUAAAUAAAGAAGCGCUUGCCAAAGUUUGUAAAUGCCACAACACGUCUUUAGUGUUUUGUGUGUGUGUAUUUUAUUAUAUACAACGUAUAGCCGUGUCCCAAAUUGGGACAAGUCUUCAAAUGGUCAAAAGCUUGAUCCUGGAAUUAUCACUAGACAGAUUGUCAUUUUAAAAAACUAAAACCAAGUAAUGACUGACAAUGCUGAACUGAAUUUAUAAUGGAGUCCAAUCCUUGACUACAACGCCACUGUUUAAAAACAGCCUCCAAAUGGUCCAAAGUUUGAAACUGGAAUUGUUACUCGACGGAUCGUCAUUUCAAAACAAACCAGCUAAUGCUGCAUUGAAUUUAGAACUGUGUCCAAUUCAUGAGUUCCAUUACAUGUUCACUUCCCAUUAGCGUCAAA